CCUUGCAUGGAAGAAAGGCGGAUUGGGUCCAAUCUUCUUUACUCACCCCUUUCAUCAAAAAGAUAUAAAGAGAGGUGAAAUCGCUGUAAGCUAUUCUCACUUCCUCAAACAUCAAAAUGACUGACGCUAUCAAAGCAACUUUCAUCGCAAAAGCAGAAAAGAAUGAGCCAGUCUUUGUGACUUUUGUCACUGCUGGUUAUCCAACAAAACAUGAUACAGUCGACAUUCUGUUAGGAUUGGAAGCUGGUGGUGCGGAUAUUAUCGAAUUGGGUGUUCCCUUCAGUGACCCUCAAGCCGAUGGUCCAGCAAUUCAAGAAUCAAAUCAAGUGGCUCUCAUGCAAGGAGUUGAUUAUACAACAUGCUUGCGAUACGUUUCAGAAGCUCGUAAUCGUGGUCUAAAAGCACCAGUCUUAUUGAUGGGUUACUAUAACCCUCUUUUGGCAUACGGUGAAGAGAAAGCAGUAAGCUCUGCAAAAUCAGCAGGAGCAAAUGGAUUCAUCGUCGUUGAUCUGCCACCAGAAGAAGCAGUCGAUUUCCGUCAACAAUGCACGAGUCAAGGUAUGUCUUACAUUCCUUUGAUCGCUCCUUCCACUUCUGCAAAACGUAUUCAGCAUCUGGCAAACUUGGCCGAUUCAUUCAUCUACGUUGUCUCGAAGAUGGGAACUACCGGUGCUUCUACCACCGUUUCAUCAUCUUUGCCCGAUUUGUUAUCUCGCAUUCGUUCAGUAACUUCUGUACCGCUUGCAGUCGGUUUCGGUGUUUCAACUCGCGAGCAUUUCAUCGAAGUAGGAGAACAUGCAGAUGGUGUGGUGAUCGGAAGUAAGUUGGUACAAGUGAUUAAACAAGCAGGUGACUCUACGCAAGCAAGAGUCCAAGCUGCUCAAGAGUAUUGCGAUCAAAUCACAAACAAGAGUAAAGGUUAUCUACCCCGUGCCAAAGCUUUGGCUAAGGCAAAGGCUAACGGAACCAAUGGCAUCAAUGGUCAUAAUGGAGAGAUCAACAUCAAAGAUGCUGUUUCAAUUCCCGACAGCGUUGCUGUACCGAAAGUGGACGGCGUGGUUACGGAUGAGAACAGGACACCGAUUCCUGGAUUGGACAUGACUGUCGAUGCAGAAGGUGUCCUUCGCCCGCCAAGAUUCGGUAAAUUUGGUGGUCAAUAUGUUCCUGAGGCAUUGUACGAUUGCCAUGUGGAAUUGGAAAAGGCAUACUUGGACGCUAUUCGAGACCCAUCUUUCUGGAAAGAAUUCCAAAGUCAUUACGAAUACAUCGGCCGUCCAUCUGAAUUAUACUUAGCAGAAAGGUUAACCGAGAAAGCAGGCGGUGCACGUAUCUGGUUGAAACGUGAAGAUUUGAAUCACACCGGAAGUCACAAGAUCAAUAAUGCAAUCGGACAAAUCCUGUUGGCCAAACGGUUGGGUAAAACAAGAAUUAUCGCUGAAACAGGAGCAGGACAACACGGUGUAGCAACUGCUACCGCAUGUGCUAAAUUUGGUCUAGAGUGUGUUGUGUAUAUGGGAUCAGAAGAUGUACGAAGACAAAGCUUGAAUGCUUUCCGAAUGAAGAUGUUGGGAGCAAAGGUUGUCGCAGUAGAAAGUGGAAGCAAAACUUUGAAAGAUGCAAUCAAUGAAGCAAACAGAGAUUGGGUAACAAACCUGCACAAUACCCAUUACCUCGUCGGAAGUGCAAUCGGACCACAUCCUUUCCCAAGUAUCGUAAGAGAUUUCCAAUCAAUCAUCGGAAGAGAAGCAAAACAACAAUUGCAGGAAAAGAAGGGUAAAUUGCCCGAAGCUGUGAUUGCAUGUGUUGGAGGUGGUAGUAAUGCAAUCGGAACCUUCCACGAAUUCGUCAAGGAUGAAUCUGUUCGAUUAAUCGGUGUUGAAGCAGGAGGUGAUGGUAUCGAAACAGAUAGACAUAGUGCAACAUUGGCAAAAGGGACACCAGGAGUGUUGCACGGUGUUCGAACAUACUUGCUUCAAGCGAAAGAUGGUCAAAUUACAGAAACCCAUUCGAUUUCAGCCGGUUUAGAUUAUCCAGGUGUUGGACCUGAGCAUGCAUUCUUGAAGGAUGCCGGUAGAGCAGAAUACGUUGCUGCAACGGAUGAGCAAGCGUUACGUGCAUUCAGGAUGUUAACAGAAACAGAAGGUAUAAUUCCUGCUUUGGAAACUUCUCAUGCAAUCUGGGAAGCAAUUCAAAGAGCCGGUACGAUGUCGAAAGAUGAAGACAUUAUCGUUUGCUGUUCUGGACGUGGAGACAAGGAUGUCGAGCAGAUUUCUCAUGCCAUUCAAACCGGUGGCUGGGGUGAAAAGUUGGACUGGAACAUUGCUUAGAGGCAUUUCCAUGCUAUUUUAUAUGUAGAGUCAUCUUGCUUUCCUAAUAGGUGAAUCUUUCCUCCGAACACCCUAGAUGAUCCUGAGCGAGAAUUUUAAUUUCAGAUAGGAUAUGUAGUACCAGCUAUACAUAAGGGUCGAGGGAUUCU